CACAGUCACAGGGAAAGCUUUCAGAACACCUUCAAGCUGGAGAACAUGGCCUCAGCAUCGAUACAGAUAUGGCUUUGUGGAUUGAAUAUAGAAAAUACAACAAAAGACCAGAUUUGAGGCAGGUCAUGGACUUUGUAAUUGUGAAUAGUGAACAACACUCUGAGUUUGAUGAGUUCAAAAGGGCUAUGAAUGAUCCUGAUUGCGUUCUUCUCUCAAGUAAUGCCCUCCUUGAUUACUGGAAUGAGUUUGAAAGAAGUGUAUCUCAAUCAACAAUAACAGUCUACGGCCAAAAACACCAUAAACUUCAUUAUACUGAAAUGGAUCAGCUGAUUGAGUGGGUAAUGAAGCAAAGAGAAAAACGGGUAAGUAUAGUAAUCAUACAAAUUUUUUUUGAAUCUUAGUUUCUUGCAGAGUGAAGGGGAGGUUGUGGCAAACGACACUGGUCCUAUCACAAAUGAGAUAAGCAUUGAACAGGUAGAGGAGAACAUUCCACAUUCACCUUCUAAGGAGGAGGCAAGCAGUUUUGUAGCUAGUAAGGAAGAGAUAAGUCCUGCAGCUAAAAAGGAAGAUAAUCAUAAUAUUGUGAUAGA